AACGCUGUCUUUUGCCCCACUCAUUAUCAGAUGUUAACUACGCAGGUGACAUAUUGACACAUAUCGCCUUUGUCCCACUUCCUAUGAGACAUGUUUACUGCAGACGGUUAUCAGACUGGGACAAUAUCACAUUUCCUGUGUUGUGGUAAAGAUCUGGAUCUGCUUCAGAUCUAAUGACUUGUCAUUUUACCUUUCACAGUCUGUGGCUGAAGCUGAUUAGAAAAGUGAGAGAGGGUGUCAUGUCACCUCUGACCCUUCAGAGACAGCGUAGCAUCAUUCCUUGCAUCACCGACAGAGACCCACUGCCCGACUCUUCAAGUGAUAAAGACCCCGGGUCACCCAGGGUUGGUGAGGGCACCCCUCCUUUGUCUCGAGUCCCUGAACGGGGAGGCUCCCUUAGAGACAGAAGCCAAAACCAAGCCAGUGGACCACGGCGGCCUCUACGUAGUGCUUCUGUGGCCCCCCCUCAUCGUGUGUCAGAUUGUCUUCGCCAUGGCAACAGCACCGAUGCCCGGGCGGUGAGGGCGGUGUGCCUGCUGAUGGGAGGGGCAGCGGCCUCCUCCGCUCUGGGCUACCUCAACUCCUGCUCCCCUUCCUCUCCUCUUGCCACCAGAGCCCCAGAGAUCGCCCAUGGCACAGGGGGCUUUUCCGAGCUUCCCGCAGGAGGCUCCUUCCACGCCUGCAGCCAGGACGUCGACUCUCCGCACUUCAACAGCUUCGACUUUGAAGGAGACUCCGACUUUGAUGCAUUUGACUGUGGAGGAUUUGCUUUUUAGUUUUAACUAGACACAGAGAGAAACUGUUUGAAAGACCUUUUAUUCUUAUCAAAAUCCCUGUGUUGGUAUUCCUUUGUAAAAGGAUAUUGUUAUUAAUUAAUCACUCAUUUAGUAAUCUCUUUAUAAAUUAAUGAAGGUGUUGUUCCUGGCUUUAUGCCCAUGCUCCUCAGGUAAAUAAUUGAUGACCUUUACUCCUCUGAACACUGUCUGUCUUUGUUGUAUCAGUCUUUUCAUACCACAGGACGACUUGAGGUUAACUGGGUGAGCAGUAUAAUGAUUCCAGACAGCCACACGGACAUUUAUGAGGAAGUGUUUGUCUCAGAACUUUAACAGCUGUGUUUGUCUCACUGUGUCCAUUUUAUACUUUUUUUUAAAAAUGUGACCCCUGUGAAGAUUUUCUCCUCCUUCACAUUGUCCCUCGUUCAUUGGCACUUUGCUCGAUUUCCUUUUGCCCUGCUUUCAGAAAUCAUCCCAUUACCCCCAUGUGUACAUACCAGUACCUUACUGAAAUGCAGUCCGAAGGUGAACUCUAAAUAAACCCUAUUGUCACCAUGA